AGAGAGAGAGAGAGAGAGAGAGAGUUCAGUACAUGAUUGACAGGUGGACGCGGGAGGCUGGACACCGACUAGAACCGCUCCUUCAUUCGCCCUGCGCCUUUUACGCAUCAACUCCGGUGAGUGCGUCCUUUGAUGUCGAGCUUUAUGACGGUUCUGCUGGUCCUUGACUGACCUGGACUCGAUGUGAAGAGUUCAGGAGUUCCACUGCCAGGUUGUUUCUGAGACCCGCAUCAGACAUGUCGGGUCAGAAACCGUCCAAGAGCGACGGUUCCGAGAGCCGCUUCAAAGUGGACGUGGUGACAGAAGCCUCGGACGGAUCCAAACCCGGCGAGGACAGCAGGGGUCGGUUCCGGGUGGUGGGCUUCAUGGAUCCGGGCGCUCUGGGGAGCGCGAUGGACAUCGGGCUCCCGCCGGACGUCACCCGGGACCCGGACACGACCAAGAGCGACUCCGUCAGCCUUCACUCCACCGGGACCGGACAGACCCAUAUCUCGGACUCGCACUCCAACACCUACUACAUGAGGACUUUCGGACACAACACCAUCGACGCGGUGCCGAACAUCGACUUCUACCGGCAGACGGCCGCGUCCUUCGGGGAGAAGAUGAGCAGACCGUCGCUGUCCGAACUCCACGACGAGCUGGACAAAGAGCCUCUGGAGGAUGGUCUGGCUAACGGCGAGGAGCGCUCAGCGGCGGAGGAGGCGGCGGCGUUGGCGGCCAAGGAGGGCAAAGGAGGGACGGUGAAGUUCGGCUGGGUGAAGGGCGUCCUGGUUCGCUGUAUGCUCAACAUUUGGGGCGUCAUGCUGUUCAUCCGGAUGUCCUGGAUCGUCGGACAGGCUGGAAUCGGUCUGACGAUUGCGAUUAUCCUGAUGGCCACACUGGUCACGACCAUCACGGGUCUGUCCACCUCGGCCAUCGCCACCAACGGUUUCGUGCGCGGAGGAGGUGCUUACUACCUCAUCUCCAGAAGUUUGGGUCCUGAGUUUGGCGGCUCCAUCGGCCUGAUCUUCGCCUUCGCCAACGCCGUGGCUGUGGCCAUGUACGUUGUGGGCUUUGCUGAGACUGUCGUGGAGAUGCUGAACGAUGUGGAUGCUCUGAUGACAGACGAGCUGAACGACAUCCGCAUCGUGGGGACUCUCACCGUCAUCCUGCUGCUGGGGAUCUCCGUCGCUGGGAUGGAGUGGGAGGCAAAGGCUCAGAUCGUCCUUCUGGUGAUUCUGCUGGCGGCCAUUGCGAAUUACUUCAUAGGAACAUUCAUGCCAUCAGAGAACAAAGAAGUCAAAGGAUUCUUCGGCUACAACACUGCCAUCUUCUUGGAGAACCUGGGUCCAGACUUCCGGGACGAUGAGUCAUUCUUUUCCGUGUUUGCCAUCUUUUUCCCAGCGGCCACCGGGAUCCUCGCGGGGGCCAACAUCUCCGGAGACCUGACUGAUCCCCAGUCUGCAAUCCCAAAAGGGACACUCCUGGCCAUCCUCAUCACUGGGCUCACCUAUGUCGCCGUAGCUAUCUCAGCAGGAUCUUGCAUUGUCCGUGACGCGACCGGUGACCACAACGACACAGUGAGCGACACGGUCAACUGCACAGACGCUGCCUGCACUCUGGGCUACGACUUCUCCAUCUGCCAGGAGGGGGGUUGUCAGUACGGCCUGAUGAACGACUUCCAGGUGAUGAGCCUGGUGUCGGGCUUCGGCCCGCUCAUCACUGCCGGGAUCUUCUCAGCCACGCUCUCUUCAGCUCUGGCCUCGCUGGUCAGUGCUCCCAAGGUCUUCCAGGCUCUGUGCAAGGACAACAUCUACCCGGGCCUCAGCGUGUUUGCCAAGGGCUAUGGGAAAAACAACGAGCCUCUGCGCGGCUAUGUGCUGACCUUCUGCAUCGGCCUUGCCUUCAUCCUCAUCGCUGAGCUGAACAUCAUCGCUCCCAUCAUUUCCAACUUCUUCCUGGCUUCCUAUGCGCUCAUCAACUUCUCCGUCUUCCACGCCUCCAUGGCCAACUCUCCUGGGUGGCGCCCCAGCUUCAAGUACUACAACAUGUGGGUGUCCCUGGCGGGGGCGAUCCUCUGCUGCGUGGUGAUGUUCGUCAUCAACUGGUGGGCGGCGCUGGUCACGCUGCUCAUUGUGUUGGCGCUUUACAUCUACGUCAGCUACAAGAAGCCCGAUGUGAACUGGGGUUCAUCCACUCAGGCUCUGAUCUUCAACCAGGCCUUAACUCACUGUUUGAACCUCACCGGAGUGGAAGACCAUGUCAAGAACUUCAGGCCGCAGUGUUUGGUGCUGACCGGUUACCCGAACUCUCGCCCAGCGCUGCUCCACUUGGUCCACUCCUUCACCAAAAACGUGGGCCUCAUGGUGUGCGCUCACGUCAGGACCUUCUCGCGGCGACCCAACUUUAAGGAGCUGGCCCAGGACCACGCCCGGUGUCAGCGCUGGCUCGGGAAAAAACGCAUCAAGGCUUUCUACACACAUGUCAUAUCUGACAACCUGCGACAUGGCACGCAGUUCCUGCUGCAGUCUGUCGGUCUGGGUCGCCUCAAACCCAACACGCUGGUCAUGGGCUUCAAGAACAACUGGAGCGACGGAGACAUGAGGGACGUGGAGGUCUACAUCAACACCAUACACGACGCUUUUGACCUGCAGUUCGGGGUGGCCAUUCUCCGGCUCCAGGAGGGGUUGGACGUCUCCCAUAUACCAGGACAAGAUGAGCUGUCACUACAUGAGAAACCACCGGUCAGUGGCCAGGACAUUGUGGUCUCAGUCAGUCUGGUCAAAGACUCAGAUUCGGACUCUUGCCCCUCUAAGACCGCCAGCAUCACCAGCAGCCCACUCAUCCUGCGAGACACCAAGUCUCCUCUGAGCCUGACCGACCAGCGCCUCCUGGAGUCCAGUCAGCAGUUUAAGAAGAAGCAAGGCAAAGGAACCAUUGACGUCUGGUGGCUGUUUGACGACGGAGGCCUCACGCUCCUCAUCCCGUACUUGCUGACCAACCGCAGCAAGUGGGGCGACUGCAGGAUACGGAUUUUUAUUGGCGGGAAGAUCAAUCGCAUCGACCAUGACCGCCGGAUGAUGGCCACGCUGCUCAGCAGAUUCCGAAUCGACUUCUCCGACAUCAACGUGCUGGGAGACAUCAACACCAAGCCCAAAAAGCACAAUAAGCUGAGCUUCAAGGAGCUGAUCGAGCCGUACCGGCUGAAGGAGGACGACAUGGAGCAGGAGGCGGCCGAGAGGCUGAAGGCGCAGGAGCCCUGGAGGAUCACCGACAACGAGCUGGAGCUCUACAAGGCCAAGACCAAUCGUCAGAUCCGACUGAAUGAGCUGCUGAAGGAACAUUCCAGCGCCGCCAAACUCAUCGUCAUGAGUUUGCCUUUAGCCAGGAAGGGAACCGUAUCUAGCGCCCUCUACAUGUGCUGGCUGGAAACUCUCUCCAAAGACCUUCCACCGAUGUUGCUGGUCCGAGGGAACCAUCAGAGCGUCCUCACCUUCUACUCCUAACACACACACACACACACACACACAGUAGAAAGUUUACAAUGCAUUAAAUUUUAAUAUUUUAAUGUUGACUAAUUAUCUAAUUCAAAAUAAGUAUGACACGAUGUGAUUUUAAAUAUUUACUGACUGUAAAUGCUGAUUUUUUUAUUUAUUUAAAUGAUUCACGUUGAUUGCCGUUGAAAUAACAUAUGGUUAUUUUAGAACAGUUAUGGUAUUGAAGAUUAUUAUUGAGGUCGUGGUUAUGAAGUGUUGAUAUGUGCGCUGCGUUUUCCUAACAGUAUUUUAUUUUGCACUUCCCGCAGCCCUGAACAGGACUAAGCGGUGGUUAACUGACGAUGUAUGUAUGUAUUUUUGUACAUGGUUUUAUUAAAAUAUUAAUCGAGCCA